AAUUGUAAUAUACAAAUCAAAUUGUAUAUUCUGGUGCGUCUAAAAAUUUUCCCCGUUUUAGUGGGUAAGUUUUCUGAGUCUUUUGCUGAGAUUAAUGAAGACCGAGCAUUGGUAAUGCAUACAGAGAAGAUGACCCUCUAUUUGAAGGAGGGACUUUAAAGAUGAAAUUUUUUUUUCCCUUCCCAUCUAGUGUUUCUUGCUCAAGCCUAGAAUAUCCAAACUGGUCUUUUUCUUUUUCUGCUCUGAAUAUUCACAUUUCAACAUCUGUAAUUUAAAUAAUUACAAAUUAUCACUAAAAUAAACACAAUAAUAAUGCAUUUUUCUUUUAUAUCCAAUAAAAACUAGUUUACAACUUAAUCAAAUCAUCUGUUAUAUUAGUAGUGGGAACUUUGCUAGUUGCUAAAAAUGGUAUAUAGCUGAAGUUUUGUACACCAAAAGAAAAAAAAAUCCAUUUUCUUUAUCCUAAUUUAAUAAAAUUAAAAAAGAAUUAGAUUUUGUUUUUCCUUCCCUAUAAUUAAGCCUGUCCAAUAGCUGUCCAAGUUAGGUUCAUUCAUGGGUAUUGACCAAGUCACAGGGUUGAGGGUUGCAGAAACACAAAGAACCUCCAGAUUUAGCAAGAGACAACAAAGCACAAACUUGUCUCCCAAAUUUAGCAAAAAAUAAAGAAUGCUCAUAUCUUGUCAAUAACAAAAUCAUAAUAUGCAGAUCACAUUUUUUAACAGACCAUUUUUCAAUCUCAAGUUUAAACCCCCUAGCUUGGUCUGUGGUGGGUGGUGGGAGUGGCGACGAGGACCGUGAUCAUUCAUGGUCAUAGCAACAGCCACAGACCAUGGGAAGUGAAACCGCACCCGCGAGAAAGGUAAUAGUUUUGGCUGAUCCAACCCGCGAAUCGGCGGUUGCACUUCAAUAUGCUCUUUCUAAUGUAGUUCUUGAGAAUGAUGAGCUCAUACUUCUCCAUGUGGAGAGUCCCAAUUCUUGGAGGAAGAACACAUUGUCAUUCCUUAGAAGAUCUAGUCUUCCUUCCCACUAUGUUCCAAACUUGGAAGGAGGAGAUAUUGAUUUUCUUGAGGCAAUGAAGCAGGUGUGUGAGGUUGCUCAGCCCGGAAUCCGAAUCCGCAAAGAGAAGAUGCAAAUGGAAGCCAAGGUAAAGGACAAAGACAAGGCUAAUGCCAUUCUCGUUAGAUGCAACACAUUAGGAGUUGAUGCAGUCAUUAUUGGACAACGUCGAAGUCUCUCCAGUGCAUUGCUUGGCAUCAAAAGGCCAGGGAGCGCAGGACUGAAGGCCUUUGACAUGGCAGAGUAUUUGAUUGAGAACAGCAAUUGCAACUGUGUUGGAGUUCAGAAAAAAGGCCAAAAUGCAGGCUAUCUCAUCAACACAAAAACCCAGAAAAAUUUCUGGCUUCUUGCUUAAUUAAUGAUCCAAUCAUCCCAUUCCCCACCCUACCUACUAGCUUUUUAAAUGUUUCAUCAUCAUCAGCUCCAAUUUGUAGCCAGUUGCAGAUGAUGAUUAAUCAUCAGUUUGUUUAUUGAGAUGACAUAAUCCAAAAUCUAUGUUACUGCUUUAAAUUUGCUA